AUGUUCCGCCCAUGGACCUACAACCCCAACCCCCCAGACUUCCCCUGGGCCCCUCCCGCCGCAGGCCCAGCCUACAACAACGUCCACAGCGGCAACCGCGUCAACAUCAACACCUUCAACACCUACCCCCGCUUCGCCCAAACACGUUUCGCCCCGCGGCCCUUCGACUUUGCCUCCCUCUUCAACCUCCACCCCUACGGCAACAACACCAACAACCCCCUCCGCCCGGACGGCCGCCUCCGCAACCGCGUAACCGUUGUCCUUCCCGACGGCAGCCGCAUCCUCGUCGACCGCGACCUCAUGCACGAGCACCUCCCGCGCACACGCAACUUCGUCCCCGGCCUCGGCGGCGACUUCGCGGUCCCCGAAUUCCUGCGCGGCUACAACCCGGGCUUCGAGGCGCCGGACUUCAACCCGCUGCGCUUCCGCGACGGGCUCAGCCGCGCGGCGGGUUUCGUGUUCCGGUACAUUGAGAUGAUGUGCCGCACGCACCAGCAGUACGGCGGCCCGCCGGACGUCGACCUCUUCUCGCGGCCGCGGUUCCUGCUCGCGAACGAGAGGAACAGGGUGCAGGUCGUGCAGGAGGUGUACUGGCACCUUUUCCUGCUGUGCUGCGUGCUGGACCAGGACCGCGCGCUGGGGUGUUCGGACAUGUUUGCGCGGUCGAUUGGGGAGUUUCUGUUGGAGUUUAUGCCGCGGGUUGAGGCGUUUAUGCCGCCUGGGGCUGCGCAGUUGUUGUUUGUCGGGUAUGCGAGGAUCUUCCGGGAGACGCGGUCGGAGAUGGAUGUGUUGAGAGAGCUGUGGGACAUGAUGGAUGCGCGGGAUCAGCAUCUGUUGAGGGCGACGAUUGGACCGCAGCUGGCGGGCAAUGGCAUGGGAAAUAAUGCGCGAAGGAUGUGGACUGCUUUGAGGCAUUUGGGUUUGGUUUGA